AUGUUUAAGAAUAUCAAAGAGAAAACAUGCGGCGCUCAACAUAAGGCACCCGCCGCAGGCAGUGACAGCGGUCAAGAUCUGACGUCAAUCCUGGACCGAUCGCAACGCGCCGACCUUACAGUGCUGGUGGCGGAGAUCAUUGAAUCCAUGCGAAUCGUGGUUCUGGAGGUCUUCGAAACUACCAAUGAAUCUAUAUCGCCUAUAUCAUCGCCAAAUCAGACUCCGGAUGGUUCGGAGGACAAAGAAACCAGUCCGCCCUUGCCUGCUCGGCCCCAGGAUGAUUCUAAGUCGAACUCAGCACAAGGCGGAACCCCCAAACCAAGGUCUGGUCCCAGAAAGAAUGCAACUGCAGCCGCAGCUAAAGCACGCGCGAAGCAGAGAGCACUCUCACAUUUAGAGGACUGGAGGGAUGCUGUGCUGUUGCGUAUUGGCGAGGUUGUUAACAAGGACAAUGAGGACCAUGAGCAGCGAGCUAAGGAUAGUAGCGAGAAUACCACCGACACUGAUGUUCCUCUAUCCGAGGAGGAUAAGAAGAGAAUGGAGAAGCUACAGCAGGUCUUCCACCCAGUGGAAUCGCCGCUGGCCCUGCUCCCCAAGGCUACAAGACUGCUCAUCCUACACUCGCUCCUUUUGCUGCUGCUCAGCUUGAAGCACUACAAUGCUUACUCACGGGCACUGAUGCUCCAUGUUGCAUCGAGCUUGGAGAUUGACAUUAACGUGCUUAAUGAAGACGAGGUAAAGGUGGCACGGGGCCUUCUGGAUACUGCCCUGGCCCUCUCCGACGCAGAGACACAACAGCCCAUUAAAAAGAAGGACGAUUCUUCCCGGAAAUGGAAGGUCGGGAUUGCAUCCGUCGCUGGUGCCGCCUUGAUCGGUAUCACCGGCGGCCUUGCCGCUCCGCUGGUGGCGGCGGGGAUUGGAACCAUCAUGGGUGGGCUAGGACUCGGCGCCACUGCAGCAGCUGGCUACUUGGGUGUUCUGGCCGGGAGUAGCGUAGUCGUCGGUGGUCUGUUUGGUGCCUACGGCGGACGCAUGACUGGUCGGAUGAUGGACAAGUACGCUCGCGAGGUUGAAGACUUUGCGUUCAUUCCGAUUCGAGGAUCGAGAGGCCAGCGUAGCGAAAAAGAGAGCGAGGCAGCUCGACAAGAUCAUCGACUUCGAGUCACAAUUGGUGUUACUGGGUGGGUUAAAGAAGAGUCGAAUUUCGUGGUUCCGUGGCGCGUUGUUGGUGCCGACUCGGAGGUAUUCACUCUGAGAUGGGAGACCGAGGCUCUGAUGAAGCUUGGAAACGCCAUUUCUGCACUGGUGACGAGCGCGGCUUGGUCGGUUGCAGGACGAGAAGUUCUGGCCCGUACUGUAUUUUCAACAAUCAUGAGCGCAGUGAUGCUGCCACUGGGUCUCUUGAAAGUGGCCGGCGUGGUCGACAAUCCGUUUAGUGUUGCUAAAGCCCGAGCCGACAAAGCGGGCGAGGUUUUGGCAGAUGCAUUGAUCAAUAAGGCGCAAGGUGAGCGGCCAGUGACUCUCAUUGGGUAUUCUCUGGGCUCUCGCUUGAUUUUUUCAUGCCUGCAAAGUUUGUCUAGAAGAGGCGCCUAUGGCUUGGUCGAGUCUGUCAUUUUGAUGGGGUCGCCAGCUCCGUCGAAUCUAGACCACUGGUUACGGAUCCGGAGCGUUGUGAGUGGACGAGUGAUUAAUGUCUACUCGGAGAACGACUCAGUGCUUGCCUUUCUCUAUCGAACAAGCAGUCUCCAGCUUGGUGUUGCAGGCCUCCAAGCAAUUGAAGGCGUGCCUGGAGUGGAAAGUCUCAAUGUCAGCGAAAUCGUCAGCGGCCAUCUCCAAUAUCAGUUCUUGCUCGGCAAGAUCCUGACGUCCAUUGGGCUUCAAGAUGUCGACAAGCAAGAAGUUGAGAGUGAAGAAGCCGCUUUGGCAGUCGAAGAUAAAAAGCAAGAAGAAGAGCGGCGUCGAAAUGAGCGCAAGGCUGGCAUUGAGAAUGACAAUUCCUCUGCUGCUCGCGAGAGGCUCAACAGCCAGGAGGGCUUCGGGGAAGAAGAAAAAAUGCAGAAGCAGGUGGAGACACAGACUGAGGAACAUAUGACACAUCACCGAAUUCAAAUGCUGGAUUUGGACGAUGACGAUUACUCUGCUCCUUUACCUGACCAACCUGGAAAGCACUCCGCCCUUUAG